AUGCCAACCAAGCGAAUCCAAAGUGACUCCCGUCGGGCAUCCCAGUCCAGGGGUUACAUCGGCUUGACCUACGACACCAUCACAUCGCCCGACAAUGCCACCAUGGUGCGAAGCAUAGCCAUCUUUGGUGCCGCCGUAGCAUUCAUCGCCAGUCCGUGGGCUGAGUUCCUCCUCCCUCCGUGA